CAGUAGUCAGAAAAGAAACCUGUCAUUUGGACGCAGGGUCGAAAAACGGACAAAAUGUGGGUCCUUGUGUCCAUUAUUUCUGCGGUUCUGAUUAUUUUUAUGUUAAAAUAUGUCUUCGGCAGCUACGGACCGAACCCCUUUGAGAAGGACUGUCGUGAACCGCUGAAAAAGAGAGUUUACGACAAGAAAGAGAAGAAUAAAGUGCUAAAGCAAGGUUUCCUGGCCAGCAGAGUACCAGAAAACUUGGARGCCAUCGUCAUUGGCAGCGGCGUCGGUGGGCUCGGGCUGGCCGUGCUGCUGGCUAAAGUCGGAAAGAAAGUUCUGGUUCUGGAGCAGCACAGCAAGGCCGGAGGGUGCUGCCACACGUUCUCCGAGAAGGGCUUCGAGUUUGAUGUGGGGAUCCAUUACAUCGGUGACCUCCUGGAGCACAAACCCUUCCGCUGCAUGUUGGACCAGAUGACCAAUGGGCAGCUGCAGUGGGAGCCUCUGGAGAACCCGUUUGACCACGUCCUGCUGGGACCUCCAGAAAACCGCCGCAGGUACCCCAUCUACAGCGGCAAGACUCGCUUCCCCGAAGAGCUGAAGAAGUGUUUCCCCGGAGAGGAGAAAGCCAUCGACGAGUACCUGCGGCUGGCCAAGAAAACUAAAAACGGAGUUUGGCUCAUGGCUAUGCUGAAGCUCCUUCCAGUCUUUCUGACCAAGUUCCUGAUCUGCACCGGCCUCGUCGAACGUCUGUCUUUCUUCUUCAAAAUGGCACCCCGCAGCCUGACAGACGUGGUCAACGAGCUGACACAGAACCAGGACCUCAGAGCCGUAUUCUCCUACAUUGUUGGCACUUACGGAAAGACUCCUAAAGAGGCCAGCUUUGCCAUGCACAGUCUGCUGGUGACUCACUACCUGGACGGCGCCUGGUACCCUAAAGGCGGCUCCAGUGAAAUCGCAUACCACAUGAUCCCCAUUGUGGAGAAGGCGGGAGGCGCUGUUUUGGUCCGAGCCCCGGUGAACCGGAUCCUGUUCAAUGAUGCCAAAGAAGCUUACGGUGUUAGUGUGUUGAAGGGUCAGGAGGAAGUGCACAUCCGCGCCCCCAUGAUCGUUUCCGAUGCCGGCAUCUUCAACACGUACGAGAAGCUGCUGCCCGCAGAGCUCCAAGCCCUGCCAGCCAUCCAGGAGCAGCUCAGCAUGGUGAAACACGGUGAUGGCGGCUUGAGCAUCUUUAUGGGUCUGAACGGAACCAAGGAGGAGCUGGGCCUGAAAGCGGACAACUACUGGAUCUUUGCUGAGAACAAUUUGGACAAACUGCUGGAGGACUAUAAUAGUAAAGCGAGAGAACAGGCUGCUCAGAAGAUCCCUCUGCUGUUUGUCGCCUGUCCAUCAGCUAAAGAUCCAACCUGGGAGGAGAGAUCACCGGGAAAGUCAACUUUGAGUCUGGUCAGUUUUGCUAAAUACGAGUGGUUUGAGGAYUGGAAGGACGACAAAGUGACGAACCGCGGGCCCGACUACAAAGAGCUGAAACAAAUGUUUAUCGACUCGGCCCUGGAGGUGGUGAUGGACGUGUUUCCUAAGAUCACCAGAGACAAGAUUGAGUACAUUGAUGCUGGAACCCCCGUCACAAACACGCACUAUAUCGCAGCCCCGAAAGGUGAGAUCUACGGUGUGGAUCAUGACAUCGGUCGGUUCAGGCCUGAACUCAACGCUACGAUAAGACCUCAGACCCCUCUGAAGAACCUCUACCUGACAGGUCAGGAUAUGUUUCUGUGUGGUUUCGCCGGCGCCCUGGCCGGAGCGCUCACCUGUGGCUCGGUCAUUCUUAACCGCAACCUCCAUCUGGACGCCAUCGCCUUGGCCAAAAGAGCAAAACAUUUUAACAAGCAGAAAAAGGAGUAGCUGCUGAUAUUUACGCUCCAAUUAAUCACUUUAACACAACAGCUUGAGAUCAAUGAAUUAACACUGAAAAAAGGGAGAAUUUACUGUACUCAUACUUUACAUAUUAAUUCAGCUCAAUUCAAAAAUACUUUAUUGGUCCCAAAGGGAGAUUAGAUGUUGUAACUCAUUUAACUAAAGGGUUAUUGUAGAUGGUGAUGGCUGUGGGCAGGAAAGAUCUGUAUUUCAACAAAUUGUAUUACAACAAUGUAUUUACUGCCCUAAGAUGUGUUUGUGUUUGAUUACUAAAGCACUUUUCUAACUAAUGGCACCUAAAAAUGUUUACCAGCUUUAUUCAUUGUUGUUUUUGUGAACCUUAUGCAAUAUUUUGUGCUUUACUCUGUGACUAAAGCAAUUUUUUUAAACUGAUCAAAAUUGCAAACAAUAUUUUUAUAACUUCCUGUUUGUCAUUGUUGAUAUUUUGAUCUGUACUUAUUAUUACUUGUUUCUUGGUUUGUUUUGAGGUGACAAAUAAACACAAGCGUACUAUGAAGAA